CUGAAAACUCAGACCGUGGUUAUGGCUCAUAACCAAACCUCUACAGGAGUUAGUAAACCCUUCUCCUAAUUUCUAAUAACUCAACCCCCCAUAAAACUCAUCCAAGGUAUCGCCGUAUUAAUUCCCAUUAUAUUCUACUGGCGUACUUCGUUCUUCGCCUCAAGAGCUACGGAGCUCUUACCCUAAUAACAUCCUGCAUAUAUUCUCGCGAUUACCUAAUCAGCUUGUCAACUUUGAAUUUUUCAUCCAGAGUUUUUCAGGUAUAUAACUUGACGUUGUUUAGAUAGUGCCCAAAUAACCUAUCCCCUCUCUACGCAAUGUUCGGCACCUUAUUCAGAUCUCCUGCUGUGAAGCAAACUACCCAGUUGUUUGGUACCUCCGUUGCCCAAACCGGGCUUGUCGGGUUUAUGGGCUUGAACUGGGUCAGGGCCAUGAAGACCAAGACUUCCGUCAAAAAGUUCUGCCAGGACUGCUAUAUGGUCAGAAGAAAGGGUAGAGUCUUUGUCUACUGCAAGACCAACAAGAAGCACAAGCAAAGACAAGGUUAAUUCCAGAUCUGAGCGCGCCAUCUCUGUACUCCCGGAAGGGGUAUAUCGGAAACAACCCAAAGAACCAAGAAUUUCAGCUUCUGGUGCCAUUUCUUGAAGUAUGCUCGUAUUCGUGGGGGUUCUCUUGACCUUUGUAUACUAUCCCGCACAUCCCUGUAUAUACCAACACGAUAUUCUAUAACGAAAGCAAUG